GAAACCUCAGUCAGCAACGGCAACUUGUCUCCACACAGCCGACUUCGUUCGCGCACUACAUCACUGACUACGCCGGCAAGGGAGCCAUCGUCGUGUUGUGUCGUCACGAUGGUGUACGUGCGGCAGGAAUACUUGCCGAACCUCAAGGCGUACAAGUAUUCGGGUGUCGACCACUCGCUGACGUCCAAGUACAUCCUCAAGCCCUUCUACACCAAUGUCGUCAUCAAGUGCUUCCCCAUGUCCAUGGCCCCGAACCUCAUCACCCUGACCGGGUUCAUGUUCGUCGUCGCCAACUUUCUCACCCUGCUCUGGUACAACCCUACUCUGGACCAGGACUGUCCCCCUUGGGUGUACUACUCGUGGGCCGCCGGUCUGUUCCUCUACCAGACCUUUGACGCCGUCGACGGGACACAAGCCCGACGAACCCGGCAGAGUGGUCCCCUCGGGGAGCUAUUCGAUCAUGGCGUCGACGCUCUCAACACCUCCCUCGAGGUCCUCAUCUUCGCUGGGUCGCAGAAUAUGGGGCAGAGUUGGUACACAGUCGCAACUCUCUUCUCAUCGCUCCAAACGUUUUAUGUGCAGACCUGGGAAGAGUACCACACCAAGACCCUGACGCUGGGCGUCGUCAACGGGCCCGUCGAGGGCAUCCUAAUCCUCGUGUCGGUGUAUGCGCUGACCGGCUUCCUCGGCGGCGCCUCCUUCUGGCAACAGCCGAUGCUCUCAACGCUCGGCCUGUCGCAGCUCCCAGGCCUCGACGCGCUACCACCAGUCCUGCAGGGCCUCACCUUCACGCAGUGGCAUAUGAUCGUCGGCAGCAUCGUGCUUGUAUUCAACACGAUCGAGAGCGCACGUAAUGUGAUCCGCGCGCGGCGCGCCCGCGGAGACCGCAGCCGCUGGGCGCUGCUUGGCCUCCUGCCCUUCUUCGGCACCUGGGCCCUCGUCGUCGCCUACCUGUACUUGCAGCCGACGAUCCGGACGCAGCACCUCGUGCCAUUCACGCUGUUCGCCGGGCUCGUUAACGCCUACAGCGUCGGGCGUAUCAUCACUGCGCACCUCGUGCACCUGCCCUUCCCCUACGAUAACAUCUUGGGGCUGCCACUAGCGUGGGGUGUGCUCGACUCUCUCGGGCCCGUGCUGCGGUCGCGCGUCGGGUGGGCGUCGGGGUGGCCUAGCGCGCUCGGCGACGGCGUGUACCAGGUCGCCUUCCUAUUCUGCCUGCUCGGCGCGGCAGCCGGCGUGUACGGGUCCUUCGUCGUCGACGUCAUCGUUACCAUCUGCGACUACCUCGACAUCUGGUGCCUCACCAUUAAGCACCCGUACGUCGAGGGAGGGCAGGCCAACGGGAAUGGCAAGGAAAAAGGGGAGAAGGCUAAGGUAAAUUAAGGUGAAGAGGAGAAGACAGGAUAACGAAACACGGAAGAAAGAAUAUGAGGAAAAGAGAGGAAGCUGGUAAGGGACCUGGAGAAAAGGAGAGACGAGCGAGGGAGGCUCGCCAUCCUUUACAAGACACCUUUCUCGUCUUCUGCUCUGUUU